AUGUCGAGAUUCGCAAGAUAUCUGUAGCUAAAAGUGUAAAUGGGUUCUGUGAAAUCUAUCUUGAAAUAACAUCGCUUCGGCGUUUAGGUAGAGGUUACAAUUUGAAACCAAAGGAAUUACAAAUUCUACCAUCCGUUGACCGGUUGUUUUUGAAAGAUUGAAGCCUGUGAACAAGUGCUGAAUGGUAGAUUGUUGGAAUUUACGUUCCAGAACACCAGAGUUGUGAUUUCUUAGGAAUUCAACAGAAUAUAAAUUUUUACUGGUUACACCACAUCAGAAAAUGUCAAAUGGCACACAUGAUCAUAUGAAACAUGCAGACAGUAAUUCAGAUUCUGAUAAUAGUGGUGAUGAUGGAUCCAUAUCAAGUUCCCAGGUAGAAGGACCACAGAGUCAAUCAUCUAACGCAAAACCAAGUCCUCACAAAAGUCGUAAAAGCCGUAAGUCACGACAAGAAUGGAUAAUUCUGGAAGGGCUGAGAGAUGGACAAAGAUGCGGAGAAAAACCAGAAAGACAUCAGGGGUUCUUGAUGAAGAGAAGAAAAUGGCCCCUGAAAGGCUGGCACAAGAGAUUUUUUACAUUAGAAAAAGGAAUAUUAACGUAUGCUAAAAGUCCUAAUGAUAUAUUAAAGGGAAAGUUACAUGGUGUAAUAGAUAUAGGUUUAGCAGUUAUAUCAUACAAGCGUAAACGACAACGGCUUGAUAUAGAUGCUGAGGAACAAGUUUAUCAUAUAAAGGUGAAAGAUAGUAAAGUGUUUGAUAAUUGGAUAGAUAGAAUACGCCAUCAUAGAUUAUAUCGACAACAUGAAAUAGCUUACGGAACGAAGGAGUCACCACGAUUAACUGAAAUCUCAUCACCUAUAGAAGACAUAGUUAUUAGCCCAUUAGCAACUGCUAAUCUCCCGGAGAAGAGUCGAACAUUAACGUUAAAGAAGGAAGUUAUCCGUCAAGCUAGUUUUAAUAAAGGAGUUGGUGGUCAGAGUCGUGUAGCUGCUUGGGUUCUAGAUACCGCAGGUUUUGAAAAAUGCAAUAAAGACUUAAGUGAUGCCCAGAAUACCUUGUAUGAAUUACGCGAUUUAUUAGAAGAUAUACAAAAUUUACCACUAUCUGGAGAAACCACAGUAGAAUACCCAGAACUUCUCACUCAAUCUUGUGAAAAACCAAAAACCCGACGCUUUGUUGGUGUACGAACAAGUAAAAGAAAAUCUAAGAAAUUAGAUAGUCCCACACACGGUCGAGAUUCCAUAACGAGUUCACCUACACUGAGUGUUCCUGAUCGUAUUCACACCAGUACCUCAAAUCCAAACCUCAUAUCAUCGGUACGACCUAACAGUAUGCCCGACACGUUGAUCAGUCCCGCUCAUGAGCAGAGAAUACAGGAAAUAAGACUACGAGAGAAUUUUAUAUCUAAAGCUGAACAAGUUCAUAGUAAUUUAAAAAGUUUAGUUCAUAUGAUGGGUACAGAGAGGGAAAGAUUAAAACACACACUAGAGGCUGAGGCGACGGUCACGGCUGCCAGCACGGCAACACUUUCUCCAAAUACAGCCACAAAUAACAACAUGGCACAGAAUAUACUCCUGCAACAAAAACUCAACGAGAGUUAUCAACAGAACGCAGAGUUACGGGCAAGAUUAGUUAGGAUUGGUGCUGAAUGCAAUUUAACUAAUUUAAUGCAACCGAUGUCACCUCUUCCUUCACCCGUUAUGGGGCGGGAUCGUGUACAGCUGGCCCAAUCUAUGUCAGCAGAAAGUUUUUCCAUGUCCGAAUAUUAUGAUGCUGAAGAAAAUGUGGAAGGUGGCAGCGAAACAUCAUCUGAGCCGUCUGAUGAAGAAGAUAUUUCAAGUGAAGUUUCUGAAGAAGGCAACGAUACAGCAGUAACUAGUGCUUCCGAAGAUAUUUUGACGUCUGUUUUCCCAACUGGUCGAAGAUCGAAGCUGCCUGUACCUCAACCUGAUUCUGGUGAUAUUAGUCUAUGGAAUCUUUUAUAUAAAAAUAUUGGUAAAGAUCUGACCAAAAUAUCCAUGCCUGUUACAUUGAACGAACCCCUUAGCUCCUUACAGAGAUUAUGUGAAGAAUUAGAAUACAGUGAUUUAUUAGAUAAAGCUUCAGAAUAUGAUGAUCCUUACGAAAGAAUGAUCUAUGUAGCAGCAUUUGCUGUCAGUUCUUAUGCAAGCUCUUAUUAUCGUGCCGGCCAUAAACCAUUUAAUCCUCUACUUGGUGAAACGUAUGAAUGUAUACGAGAAGAUAAAGGCUGGAGAUUUAUAGCUGAACAGGUCAGCCAUCAUCCACCUAUAUCAGCAUGUCAUGCAGAUUCCAGAAAUUUUACCAUGUGGCAAGAUAUGAGAGUAAAAACCAAGUUUUGGGGAAAGUCAAUGGAGAUACAACCACUUGGAACUGUUAAUGUAACAUUGCCAAAAUAUAAUGAUCAUUAUCGAUGGAAUAAAGUCACAACAUGUGUUCAUAAUUUACUUGGAGGUCAACGAUGGGUGGAUCAAUAUGGAGAAAUGAAAAUAACCAAUGGAAAUAUUGUAUGCAAAUUAACUUUUACUAAGGCUAGUCAUUGGUCUUCCAAACGUCAUGAAGUGUGUGGUAGUAUAUGUACGUUAGAAGGGAAAGUUGUUCAUACCUUAUUUGGACAGUGGAAUGAAGGAUUAUUCUGUGGUCAGGGUACAUCAGCAUCCUGUAUAUGGAGACCAGGUGCUAUGCCAGUUGAUCAUGAAUUAUAUUAUGGUUUUACAAGAUUUGCUAUAGAAUUAAAUGAAUUGGAUCAUGAUCAAGCUCGAUUCCUUCCUCCAACUGAUUCACGAUUUAGACCAGAUCAGAGAAUGCUAGAAGAAGGUCAAGUACAGGAAGCGGAGUAUGAGAAAUCUAGAAUUGAACAGUUACAACGUGAAAGACGAAAGCGUGAUGAUAAGGAGAUCGAGCCACUGUGGUUUAGACAAAGUAUCGGAGGUGAUAAGGAUGUAUAUAAAUAUAACAGUAAAUACUGGGAAACAAGGAAAAACCCAGGAUUCUUAAAGAUGUCUUUCAUUAAAUUAUGGUGAAAUGUGUUUUUAUUAUGAGCAUAAUAACCACUAGAUAAAGCUGGUCUUUCUCUUACAAAGUUUCACAUAUCAUUAAUUAGGAGAUAUUUUGGGUGUAUUUUAUCUAUCUUAUCUUACUUGAUAUUCAACAGUUUCAACUGUACCCUCUUGAAAACUAUCCGGCAGUAAACUCUUAUUAUUGAUAUCCUCUGUAUAUAGACUUACCCCUUUGUGGUGAAAGGAAUUGAGUUUGAAUUUAUAAAGGACGUGGAACAGUCCAAAGUCGGUGUCCAACCUUUAUCGUCUUUAUGGUUAACAUCUAAUUUUACUUCAUUUACUGUUUUGUGACAGGAAUUAAGUCUUUUACAGGACGUGGAACAGUCCAAAGUCAGUGUCCAACCUUUAUUGUCUUUAUGGUUAACAUCUAACUUUACUUCAUUUACUAGAUUUUAUUGUCUUUAUGACUGACAUCUAGUCUUAUUUCAAUUUCUAGAUAUUCCACAGUACUCUCUUGGUGUUGAUCUUGAAAAGUAAAAUUAUUAAUUAUAUAUCCGAGGGUGCUAGCCCGAACAUUAUAACUCCCAGAUCUUACUUUUUGAGAUCAUGCCAUCAGGGAAUGUUAUUUACAGACUGUUCGUAAUUAUUGGGUGUUAAAAAAAUUGUAUCAAGUAACUAAGUAUAUUUUUUUUUCCAAAUACAUGUCUUAUGCUAAGAUUAUUUUUAAAUGUUUUCCAGUUUCAUGUAAUCUUUGAGAGGCAUUUAGUAACUGGAUAGAGCAAUAAACUAUAACACAUACUUAUGGAAAACCAGCUACUGUAUUAGCUUGAUAACAUUGAGAGAAUACUUUUCGAAACGUCGCCCAAAUAAAUAAGUAGCUGUUUUACCAUAAGUAUGUGUUAUAGUUUAAGUUUCAUGUAGUCUCCAUUAUUUAGGCCACACAAAACAAUAUUCUGGUUUUCAGACAACCCUUUUAAAACAAUUUUAUAUUUUUAGAAACACACUAAAUUAUUAUAAAUUUAAUAUUUAUUCAGCUCUUAAUAAGAAAACAAAAUAUAAGAAUUUGAAAUAACAGCCGUAUAUUACCUUGACAUCAUCUAUUUACAUUAACUCAUGGAAAAUCGUUUUCAAAUCUGCAAGGUUUUAUUUUUGCGACUGUUAGAGCUAUGUGGUAUCAAAACUGUACUCAUUCUUAAAGCAUAUAUUUUGCUGAGGAUUUAAAUCGAAGUCUGUGCCCUCAAUCUCCACUCGGAGAAUAUUUUCGGUCAUCUCUCUCACAGUCAUGUUUCUUGGGAAAGAUAAAACAUUUUGAUCAUAAAAAAAGAUGGAUCGACAGCAAAAUUGUCGCCAUCUUUGCGAAUAACAUUCGAUUACCCAGUGCCGUUUGUGGUUGUCAAUCAUGUACUUGAUAGCCGAAUUUAGUGCUCAUUUCCUGUUAUCAAGAAACGUUCAGUAGAGUUACUUCCCUUGAUCGCGGGAAAUCUGAACGAGCGGAAAUCAUUGACACCAGAAUAUUUUUUUCGUGUGGCCUUAGUAGGCUACUGGAUGUGCACUGGUAUUACCAUGACAACGUGAAAGAGCGAGAUGGGCUUAGUAAACAACAUGAGUUUGUUUACCUUGCAAUUGGAGUCCCAUACUUUAAUUUUAUUUCCAGGUCAUUAGACAUACUUGCAUGUAAAAUUUAAGCUCCAUGCUGAAAUGUAAAAAAAUAUAUUAUUUACCUAUUCUUAAAGUCUCAGUUCAAAAUAUUUUGAGCGGUUAGCCAUUUCAUACCGGUUAGCCAUUUCAUACCAGUUACGUAGCUAUUCUUGAGCUCUCCGACAUAUGUGACAAUUUGAAUAAAAUGCAAUAACCUGCAAAAUUAACUAAAACUAAAGUUAGCUGACGUUGUCUCUCACAGAGGUUCUAGUCGGGUUUAUCCAGUCACUACUGUAGAUUGCUAGAACUAGUAUCAAAAGAGUUUCAGAUAUUUGCUUAGGACUGGAACAAAGCAUUCUAAGAUCGUUCCACACAAAAUUAACCAGGUUUAUUGACUAUCAGGGAUUCUCCUACAAUACUAGUAAUUGCAAAAUGUAUAAACUGUGAACGUAGCUCAUAUAAAGAUGUAUAUUUAAAUUCUAUUAUUGCCUAAUGUUAGUUUUAUCUUAUUUCUACCAAGAUUGUUCUUAAGAUCUUUUUCAGUACUAACUUUACAAUGUAUUAGGAAAGCUUAGAUGAAUUUAGAUUGUAUCUUAUAUAAAUUACUCAUAAAAUAGACUCAUUUAGUUUUAUUCCUAUUUAAUUUAAUGAGAGAGGAAUUAGAUUUUGUAAGAAAUACUGUUAAACAGGAAAUUAAUGUGUCAAUGUGGGUGAACAGUUAAUAGGCUAAUAAUAAUCCAUGUUGGUCAUCAUCAGGUGAUAGGCUAAUCCAUGUUAAAGGGCCAGUCAAUCGUUAUUUUUAGAAAAGAUUGUUAGAAGAAGAAUUUAUAUGUUGUUCCUCUAAUGAUGGCAUCAGUUUCAUAUUUUACAGUUUAUUCAUGUCUAUUUAUUAUAUUGUCUUUCCUAGUUUUAAUCAAAUAAAAAAAAAAUUAUUUAAUUCUUUCAAUAUUUAAAAAAAAAAAAAAAAAUAUUUAUGGUCAACAUUUUCUCUCGUUUUGUAGUCAUUUAUUUCAAUUUGAUACUACAUCUAUUUAUUUAUUCUCAAUUUUACAAUAUGUAACAUUAUUGUUUAACAUUAAUUACUUGAAGUAAUUUCAAUAGACUUGAAGUUACACUUACUUGUAGGUACAUGUAUAAAUCAAAUUCGUGAUUUCUGCCAUACUAGAAUUACUGAAAUGACACGAUUAAGAUUGAUUUUCUAGUCUUAAAACGUGGCUCAGUAAUUAUAUUCCCAUAGAAUACAGCAAGAUCAGCAAUAUACUGCAGCUUUCUAUUACUUAUUACUUGCUGAUUUGUGAAAGAUCUUUUUUAUUCCUGAUGACUGUCCAUGUCCUUUUAUUAUUUGUAUGGAAAUGAAGGAAUUGCAUAAAAUAUAUUGCUUAGUUACCAUUAGUUUGUUUUUGAACAUUAAGGGACUUUAACAAAAAGAUAUAUGAAGCUUAAAUUAGGUGAAAUGCUAGAAUGUAUUUAAAGUUGUACAUAGAAAAUGUAUGCAAUGUAGAUUUAUAUAAUAUAAAACAUGGUGCUUUAUUAAAGUGAUAAAUAUAUAUAUAUAUAUAAAUAAUAGCAGAUUCUUAACAUUUAAAGGCAAAACAAAGUUAAGCGAAAAAAUUCAAAAGCUGCCAAUUAUAGUGAACAAAGCCAAGCGAAGCUGGUCUUCUCGUGUUGUUCGAUGCAUCACAGCAGACGUCUUAUUGCUGAUUGGCUGCGAUGGUUUGAGCAAGCAAAGAAGUUGAACUAAGUUGCGAAGACGUUGCGAUGCUAAAACUUUGCCGUAAAGCUGUGCUUUGAAGCCUGCAAAGGUAUGAGAAGACCGAAUAUAAAUUGACCUUAAGGGUUAGAAAUUAACAAAUGUGUACAGUUUGAAGUAGUUUGAACCCUAUAAAAAAAAUGUGUUUGAUCAUUUCAUUUCAUACCAACGGGAAUUGUUUUGAUUUUAAUUGUUGAAUGAGCGGGAUUAUUUUGGUUGACCAGACACUGAAAUUGAGUGUGGGAAACUGAAGUUGUUAAUUUCAAUCCCUUCAUGAGAAUGAAAUAUAAGAGAUGUAUUUAUUAUUAUGUAGGUGGAUAUUUUAUUUUAGAAUAAUCAAUUAUUUAAAUCUUAGGGCUUGAUUGCUAUUUGAUAUUGUUUUAGAUAGAUGAGGAGGCAGUAUCACAUGUGAUGAAUCUCUUAUAAAUAACUUUAACUCUUGUACACUCACGUCUAGAAGAAAGUGUGUUGUAAACAUAUUUGACCAUAGCAGAGGAUGACAAUGGAUGUUUAGGACAACAUUGCCUGUAUGACAGUGUCAAAAAUAUCAUACCCUUGGUCAGAGACCCCCUUACAUAGAUCUUGAGGCCUCGGCAUGCCAAGCUGACGGGUAAAUCCAGCACAGCCCUUGUAUUCAGAAAUUAUAUAGGACUAAUUUAAUACAUUUCGCAAACCAUGUUAAUAAUGCGCGAUAUUUACAACAGUUACCUCUGUUGUAGGCUUUCAUUGGUUGGUACACUAUAUUGAUUAUGCUCACCAGCCAAUCAGUUUAACUGAAACAAAAACUUUGGCUCAUGAAUGCAAGGAUUAAAUUGUAGGAGUUCAAUUUAGCCUUGUAAAUGUGGGGGUUCCCCCACCCCUAUCACUCAGUGGGUAUUUACAUGUAAGAAUUGUUCAUAUAAUAUUGUAUUUGUAUAUGGGUGUGUGGUUAAUACAGACAUUAUUUACACUUGAUAUAAAUAUAAACCUAUUUAUUACUAGAUAUAUUAAAAAAAUAGACCAAUAAAAUGACAUGAAUAUUUCAA